AUGAGUACUGAUAGUGGAGGUAGGGAGGUAAAACGUAAUAAAAAGCGGAAAGCCGUUGUUCAAUUAUCAGACUGUUCUGAUGAAGACGAAGAGGUAAAAUAUGCUCCUUAUUUUAAAAAAAAUCAUAUACGAAGCUACCCUGAAAAUUCACCUGGCACAAUAUUCCCAGUUUACAUACAGAGCACAAAUGAAAAUAUAAAAUUUGGUAACAAAGAUCCAGUAUAUUUAAAUAAUAUUUUCAGCAGGUAUAAUAAGGGAGUGAAAGAAAUUAAAAGACUAAAUGCUUUGCGGUACACUGUAAUUUUUGACAAUGCGAAGAAUGCCAAUUCGUUGUUGGCUAAUUCAACUUUUCUAGCAUCACACGAGAUAAAAGCAUUCAUUCCAGCUUCUACUUCUGAAUGUAUUGGUGUUAUCAAGUUUAUCCCAACAGAUCUCAGCUGCAAACACUUAUUUGACAAACUUAUCAGCUCACAAGAAAUAUUUGCAGUCCGGAGAUUCACCAAGCGGACACCAGAAGGUAUUGUUCCUUUGCAGACAGUCUCCAUCACAUUUGCAGGUAAUAUCCUGCCUGAACAUGUGAACUAUGGUCUAUGUGUUGUACCUGUAGAGCAAUAUAUUAAACCUGUUAUACAAUGUUACAAAUGCAUGGGAUUUGGACAUACCACUAAGUUUUGUAAGCGAAAUAUUGUUUGUUCUAUAUGCUCUGAGUCUCAUUCAUUUAAAGAUUGUUCGAACACUGAUAAACCACUAUGUAUUACCUGCAAGGGUGAACAUGUAGCUGUGGCUAGGACUUGUCCUGUUAAACAACAGAAAAUAAUUGAAAAUCGAAAUAAAAUAAUGAACCGCAAUACAUUGGGCUCUUACUUUCCCACUUUAAACAAGUCUUUCGCCAAGGCAACAAGUUCACGACCUCAGCAAAUGCAAUAUACAUCUAAUAUCAGUAAAGAAAAGAAUGUUUUGCCUGACGUUAUAAACAACGAUAAAAUACUUAAAGCCAUCAUUGACACAUUCUUAAUGUUUUGUAGCAAAGACAAUAGCUUACCAAUUAACUCAGCUUCGAUAAAAGAAAUGUUUAUAAAGAAUAUUACACAUAGUCAUAAUGGAUAG